GAGCUCCUCCCUAAAAUAAUCAGGCUCGUUACCAUUAUGCUCUUGUGCGUUCGACGCGCGUGUUUGCACGUCGGCUGCAUGGAAUAGUUUUUUUUUUCUAGUAACACGAAAUGUAAACAUAUUUGCAAUUAAUAUGGGGGAACGUGCAUUGACAGACGGAAAUCCCAACACUUUUGUCUCCAGUCUGGUUUCAUUUUGCGUCGAUUCAGUCGUUACCUGUUUCUCCCAUGACGCAGACAAACUUUGCGUCCCCAUCGGUCUCAGCUCUCUGUCUGCGCUGCUUUUACUGCUCUCGUGCUUUCUGCUCGUGUAUCAGAGGUGCAGAUAUCGGGGAGUGUAUCCGGGAGAAACCAUCACAUUCAUCUACAGCCUCCUUGGUAACAUGUGCAGCACAAUUGGAGCUAUUCUGUCCAGACAGUUGCAUAUUCAGAUUUUAAUGGGUGCCUUUGCUGCUGCUAUGGAUGCUGUCCAUUUUAUUUCUUGCUGCUUCCCUGUGCUCCUGUGCUGGAACUCGAAGGCAGAAAGGAGGCUGAGGAUGAUGAGGGGGCGGAGGAGGCAGCACCUCCUUGCAGUGUGUGUGCUGAUGGUGGUUGCAGGAGGUUUUCUGAAGUCCAGGGUCACCCACCACCCAGCAGACAGACCUCUCAGCAGGAGGAGACUGCUGCACUUCACUCUCCAAGACAACACUGAAAUCCUGGGUUACAUACUUGGCCUGCUGUCCUUUGUCAUCGCCUGUACCUCCAGGUUCCCUGCACUCUGCAGAGCAUGCAGAGGACAGAUGUUGACCUGGGCCUACAUGUUCUCUGGACUGCUGUGCUCGUUGGCUGGCGCCCUCUAUGCUGCUGCCAUACUCCUCUACGCCACUCAGUUUGGGUUUCUUUUAAGAGUCAUGCCGUGGCUGCUGUCAGCAAUAUGCUGUGUCACCCUAGACCUUCUUAUUCUGGUCAUCCAUUGGUGCAAGAGAGGAACCAGAUGGAAGCUUACCAGUUUUUCUCCAGACACAGAGAGCCUUUUAGGUGGCUCGCACAUCCCCACUGAGGAAAACGCUGUCAUGAAGAGACAGAGAAAACAGCAAGUUCACUCAUCAGCACAAACAAAAACAAAACAUGUCCAGAAGAUGACUGAGAUGGGCCGCUAUAUGGAUGUCAGUGUUCAACCUGUAAGAAAAAUAUGCCUUAAGGAGGUGACGUUGUCCAAGGAGGAGGUGGAGGACCAGCCUCUCAACAGGAUGGUGCGAGUGGACAGUUUCUGCUCCUCAGAUACAUCCUAUGACUCUUCACUAGAGAGUUCUGAUCUGGAGUGGGAUUUCGAAGAGGCAAAUUCCCAGUGGAAUGAACAAACAGCAAAACAGGAGGGGGAUGAGUUUCCUGUGCAAAUGUGGCCAACAAACCCCAAACCCUUUAACAUCUGCACCUGUGCCAUAUCUGGACUCCCACAGAAAGCUCAUUCUGGUACAGAAGAGGGUGAGAGUGUCUCUUCUGCAAGCUUAGCAAAAUGACAAAGAAAUGUCGCUCUCAGUUAGUAAUGUGAUACACAUCUGGUGCAUUAAUUUGAGGGGUAAUAAAAAGUGUUAACACUGA